CCAUGAAACAAUGUCAACUUGUUUUUAGUCGCGCAGCAAGCCGCAAAUGGUGAAACGGACGCCGGAAAUUUUAGCGUCAGCGGCAUCUCUACUUUAUGUCUCAGAAAUUUCAGCAGCGGCUACUUUAUUCUUCCGUUCCGUCAAAUUUGGCUCCGUCGUAGUGUGUUUUUCUGACGCUGACGCUGCGACCAGCGUUCACGAAAAGAACAGGGCUCUUAUCUAUAAUCUUCAUAUCUUACAGUAAUUAGUAUAUUCGUAUAUUGGAGACUUUCUUCUUUUAAGCUUCUUUUGAUUAAUAAUCCGAUUCAUUUCCCAUCUACAUCUAACUACAGAUUCCAUCACAGUGGCCAACUUGUAAAAUAUUUUAAAAAUCUACAGCGAACGGUCUAUGCAAGGGUAAAACGGUAAGCUAAUCUCCACUUGGCCCAAUUGUCGCUCCUUGAAACACGCGUUGGUCGAUUUGCCUAUAAAAGAGAGUAUAUGCAGCUUCCAAGCAAACCACAUUCCAACAUUCAACAAUUCAGAGAAAUUAUACUUUCAACCCAAAACUUCUAAAAAACUUUUAUUAAAAAAUCUUGGCAAAAAUGUGUGGAGGAGCAGUGAUUUCCGAUUACACAGCGCCGCCGCGAUCCUGGAGACGCGACGACGUUGUUGACCUGACACUCGACGACUUGGAGGGAGAGUCUCAGUAUUGUUAUCCAUGGCUAGGUAUGAAAAGAGAAGAUGGGAAGAGGAGGAGGAGGAAGAAGAGUAUUAGUAGUGAGUACAAAGGAAUCAGGAGACGUCCAUGGGGAAGAUGGGCGGCAGAGAUACGUGACCCGAUCAAAGGAGUUAGAGUUUGGUUAGGGACGUUCAACACUGCAGAAGAUGCUGCAAGAGCUUACGACCUCGAGGCUAAGAGACUCCGAGGAGCCAAAGCUAAACUCAACUUCCCUAACGAAUCAUCCUCUAGAAAGCGUAAAGCUUCUUCUUCUUCUUUACAGCCACCACAACAACAACCUCAGGUUCAGAAGGUAGAAGAGGAGGAGGAUCUCGGUGGCUGUCUUGAUUUCUUGUGGGAGGAAAAUAAUAACGAGGACACGGCUCAGGUCGAUACUCAGUGGCUUGAAGAUGUUAUAUUGGGUGAUGCGGCGGAGAAGAGACAGAAAGGUUGUUAUGACUGUGGAGCGGACGUGAAUGGUCUGCUUUCGGAUGAGCUUCUGGCUUUUGAGAACCAGACGGAGUGUUUCUCCCAGAUGCCGUUUAUGGAGAGGAGAAACUGUGGUUCAUCGACGUCUCUGAGUAGUCUCUUAGAUGAAGUCAAUGUCAUGGAUCUUUGGUCCUGAAUGGGUUUUUUUUUUUAUACGAAUGACAUUAGUGUUCGUUGUUCUGUUUUGUACAAUUGAGUUCUUGUGUUUUUUUUUUGUGUUCCUACUUCCUAGUUAGAGUGUCUCGACUCUCAAACUGUUUUGUUCUUCUCUCUUGUCAAUAGCAAAAAUAAUAUUGUACAGUUUUGUUCA